GUUGACACUGGACCGAUAUGCGGCGAUGCACUUGCGUGUGAAAGCGUUUGCAGCGGUCUCUAAGCAGCCACGGAGAGAUUUCGCCUUGGAUGAGAGAUUAGAAGCUGCUGCUGGAGGAGGAGGAGAGGGAGGAGGAGGAAGAGGAAGAGGAGGAAAAGCGAGCAGCAUCAGGAGGGAAAAAAACCCUGGUAGCUUUUGGUCCAUCGCGUCUCCUCGGUGGCAGCAGGCCCGUCGACCGUGAGAGGAAGCCGGGGGCUGGAUUUGAAAUGUCGCAGGGAUGUGCUGAGAGCUUGAUGAUGAUAGGAGGAAGAGGAGGAAAGAGUGGAGUGAGCGUUUCCUGGUUUGGGACAGAUUAUAAUUAGACCCUAUUAAAACCAGUGCCAUUUGUGGUCAGGAGGUGAUGGCAGUGCUUACUGAGCUUCACCAUCUCUACUACCCAGUCCUACAGAUGGACAUCCCCCUCCUGCACGCCUGAGCCUAACCUCAGCGCUGCCUCCUCCCCCUCCUCUCCUUCUGCCUCUCCUUCAUCAUCUCCUUCCUCCUCCUUAUCCUUCUUCAUCCACUUUUUCCCUUCUAUCUCUCUUCCCUAACACUCCAUCCAUUUUCCUCACAUUGAACUCACUAUUUCUCUUUAAUCUUUCUGUAUAAUGGCGUGCUGUGGGCGCUCUCUGGACUCCCCGUGCACACUGGCUUUGCUGGUGGGCUUCCAGUUUGCCUUUGUUCUCUAUUUCUCCCUCGGGGGCUUCAGAGGCUUGGUGUCCGUCCUGGUGCACACCACAGAGCCUGAGUUUGAUUACUCUCGACCUCAUGACGUGUAUACCAACCUCAGUCAUCUGGGAGUACCGCCUCCACCGCCUCGUAACUCUGGCACUGGACCCCCUGCUACAGGACCACCACUGAGAGACUGCCAGAUCCCCUCCCCACUGCUGGUUGGACCUGUGUCGGUCCAUCUCUCCUCUCCUCUCUCCUUGGAGGAGAUCAGACAGAGGAAUCCAUUAGUGUCACCAGGCGGACGCUACCGGCCCCCAGACUGUGAGCCCAGACACCACACAGCAAUUGUGGUGCCAUACCGUAACAGGCAGACCCACCUCCGUGCUCUCCUCUACCACCUGCACCCCUUCCUCCAAAGACAACAGAUCCACUACAGCAUCUAUAUUGUGCAGCAGUGGGGGAACGGCACCUUUAACCGAGCCAAGCUGCUGAACGUUGGGGUGCGGGAAGCCCUCAGAGAUGAAGACUGGAGCUGCAUCUUUCUGCAUGAUGUGGACCUGCUGCCUGAGAAUGACCACAACACCUACACAUGCCACAAGCAGUUCCCCACACACCUGUCUGUGGCCAUGGACAAGUUCAGAUAUAGGCUGCCAUACCCUCAGUAUUUUGGUGGGGUGUCUGCGGUGACACCAGACCAAUACAUGAAGAUGAACGGCUUCCCAAACCAGUACUGGGGCUGGGGUGGAGAGGAUGAUGACAUUGCUGCGAGAGUGCGCCUGUCGGGGAUGAAGAUCAUGCGCCCCCCAGUGGCCAUUGGCCAUUACAAGAUGAUCAAGCAUAAAGGAGACAGAGGCAAUGAGCAAAACCCUCGCAGAUUUGACCUCUUGAAGAGGACCAGACUCAACUGGCGCUCUGACGGCCUCAACUCUCUGACCUACGAGCUCCUCUCCAAAGAGCUGGAGCCCCUCUACACCAACCUCACUGUCAACAUCGGAGAGGAUCCCCGUCUGCCCCAGAGAAAAGCACCUAUCCCUGUGAAAACGACUCCUGUCCACCAACGUAGCACCAGCAUCAAGAGUGGAAGCGAGGCCAAACAGGAGCCAAGGCAAGAGAGCAAAGAUGCUGAGGCAGCAAAUCUGACCAAGUCGGUUGGAGACAAGACAGAAGCUGCACGGUCGGAGGCAGUGAAUCAAACGACAUAGAAGAAGACAGGUGUGAUGAAUUAGGAUGAGGUGUAUAAAACAGGAACUGCAUCACAUCUGUAGCGUAGAGGAGUGUGGGUAAUUUGUGCUUAGAGCAGGUUAUGCAAUGGUUAAAAUGAAGUUGCUACAGGGGUGCAUUCAGGAUCAACUGAGUCUGUCAUGCGCUGAAUGUGACUGACACAAGUCUACCAUUUUUGAGCCAAGAGAACAAUGAUGCAGGACUCAAUCAAAAAACCAAGCUAAAGAAAAGGAGACAUCAAAUAUAUUCAGUAAAUAUCUGCUCUUUUUUCCAGACAUUGCAACGUCUAAGCAACACAUCUGUUGUCAGCAGGCCUGCAGCUUCAUCCAAUUCUCCUCCCUAAAAAAACUGCUGCUGUCAGUCUGUCAGUCCCACUCUACAGUGGGUUUGUGUUUAUGUGCCUUCUCUCUUCUAAUGCACAUUUUAUAGACUGGUAGAGUUGCUUUUAGACGCUGAUCUGGGGUUCAUUUUUUCUUCUCCUGCAUCUAGCAGAUGUUAGGAAGCAGGGAGGCUCGAGCGGAUCCUAGAGCAGAACAAAUGACUGAGUUCUGGGACUGCCGUUUUAUAUUUGUGUGCACCAAACGCUGACAAGAGUCCAUAGUUAUCAGACUACUCUAGAGUUUAUAUUUAUAUCAAGAGACUUCUUUAUUUAUUUAUUUACUGAUUUGUUCUCCCUCCCUUACAGUCUGGUGCCUCUCUGACGUUUAGUUUCUAGACAAUCAAAUCAUACAGGAAGAUUACAACGUAUCAAACAUCAUAACAGUGAGGAAAUAUCAUGACUUUCUUCACACCUGUCUGAUAAACAUAGACGUGGCAUGGUAGUUGUUGUCUAGCUCGACUAUACUCUCGAUAAAUGGAUAGACCUGUGCUUUGAUAUUAUCUGUAAUUUUAUUGUUUUUCUUUAGAAAAUAGUCUAAUAUGGAUGAAAAGCAAACUUGCAGACAAUAUAGUAGGCAUGUGACUACACACUUGCCAGUCAAAGAUCAUGUUCCCAACAAUUAAAAAUAGUGAAAGCACUGUGUAUAGAUCUAGGUCAGAUAAAAAGCCUGACGUCUCAUUGGGUCUUUUAGUAUAUUAUGAAAGACCUCGGUGCAUCUAACAGCUAUAAACAGGCGUCUGCUUCUCCUUGUCUGUGUUUAUUUGCUAGGUGGAGGCGCUUCUGUGUCUUUAAGGAAAAGGGGACAAGGAAGGAAAUGUGUGCUAGGCAGAGGAUUAAAUAGUUCUACUCCUAGGCCUGCCAAAUUAGGAUGUGCAUGUAGGUUAUUUGUGUAAACAAACCAGCUACUUUUCUGGUCUAAAAGCCACUUCAUGUUGUAGAGAUUCUGUUUGUUUUCCAUAUCAACCAUGUGGAAUGUAUUAUUUUGAGUUGACAUUGAUGUUUACCUUUUGUGAAGGGAGCUUAUUUAGAGGACAGGGACUUAAAUCUCGUAAGGUUUAGGAUUUCUUGCUGCUAUAUGACUAGACAGAUGGUUAACUGUGUAACUAAUCAUAUGUAACACUCAUUGUCUGGAGUGGAACUGUGUUUAAUCAUAACAACAGGUUAUGUACUGCUCAUGUUUUGAAGUUGAAUGUAUUUAAUUUAUUUAUUUAUUUAUUUAUUAAUGGAGCUAAACUCAGACUUCUACUGUUUUAGGGGUCUUCGUUAUCAUCUACAUUUAUAAUAUAUCUCCAUCUUCCUUAUGUUGACGUUGUGCCUCAUGAAAUAAGCCCAUAUCACUGAAGGCAUUUUCUGGGUUAAGCACGAGCGCCCUCAAGUGGCUGAGGCUGGCAUAGCGCCAGCCGAAAGGAACCAAGGACUGAAUGAAACUGCAGUGUUGUGACUUGAAUGUUAAAUAUUAACGUUGGCCAUUCACAGGUUUCAACCAAUCAAAUCUUCGCGUUGCUCUGUGUGGAGGGUUUCUUGUGUGCGUAGUAUCACAUGAUUGAUCCUGCCAGCUUAAAGGAGUAGAGCAACUCUCUGAAUUUCACCUGUUUAUAGAGCCAAAAACUAACAUUACGAGUGUUUUAUGACUGAAUCUAGUUUUCCAGAAGAGAUAUGGUAUUAGAUAUGAUAAAAAAAAAUGUCACUAGUUUGAAACAAAGAGUAAAACAGAUUAUGCUGACACAUUCAGAGAAUUUAAGGCCUAAUUUCUUAGCUUUAUACACUAGAAUUUAGUUGCAUAACAAUAGAUAUUAUAUGCUCCAUUUAUCAUAUUGCCUGUGAUAAUGCCUGUACGACAUGAAGCCGUGACACACUGAAAGCUUUUAAGGAUGUUAUGUAAUCUCAGCAGAUGAAUCGGCAAACUGUGUGCAUACCUGGAGAUUGUUCUAUAUUUAAUAAAUAGGCUAGUUUUUAUAAAGGAUGUUUUCGCAAAAGCGCUGGAAAUAUAUUCUGUGUAGUUGAAUGCAAAUUCAGUAAACCAGCUUUGGACUUC